GGUACCGGGAUACUGGGAAUGGAAACGGGAACGGGAACGGCGCUCCAUGGCCGAUCCCAUCCCGGUUCCCGUGGGAAUCCUGCGGCUCCCGCGGGGCCCCGACAGCUCCGGCGCCCGCGGCUUCUCCCGGGAUUGGCGGCAUUCCCGGGAUGCGGAGGAUUCCCGGGAUAAUAAUUCCCGGGAUAAUUCCCGGGAUUUCGGCGCUGUCCAGCGCGCCCGGGCCGCGCUCCGGGAGCGAUUCCUGCGGCUCCUGGGAUCCGCCCGGGGCCGCCGGACGCGAUUUUCCCUCUGGAGCGGGAUCCUGCUGGACGCGGAGUUCGGGGCCGCCGAUGUGGAAUCCGGAGCCUUCCAGGUGGAUUCUCUGCAGACCCCGCUGGGGAUCCAGGGCUCGGCUCUGCUGCGCUCCGGGGACGUCCUGGAAUUCUCCUUCCCUCUGGAAUGAGGCCCUGGAAUUCCCUGGAAUGAGGCCCUGGAAUUCCCUGGAAUCAGCCCCUGGAAUUCUCCUUCCCUCCGGAAUCAGCCCCCGAGGGAAUAAACGGAUUUUUCCUGCUUU